AUGGAGGAUGGAACAGAGCAGACGAAUUUCGCAGUUGAUGAUUGGCAUUCGAUUCAAGGUGAUCUUGUUAUUGUUUUUGCAAUCGUUCAUUUUGGUUUUUUGUAUGAUUAUGUGAUUAGCAGUGAUGUUUUUAGUGAAGGCAUUGUGGAUGGUUCAGUGAGUUCAGAUCAAGUAGAUGUAGAUGUUGAUGGAUCUUCAUCAAUUCCAGUUGAUCAAGAUUUGGUUGGUUUGGUAGUAAGUAAUGCUGAUGAGGCUUUUGAGGUGUAUAACAGUUAUGCAUAUAGACUUGGUUUUAGUGUGAGGAAGGGUCAUCAACGAUACAAGGGAUCUUCGAACACAAUUCAAAUGAAGAAAUUUUGUUGUUCUAAGGCUGGUUACAAGGCUAACAGUGGGGUUAAGGCUUAUUCCAAAAUUGACACAAGGACAGGGUGUGGAGCGUUUGUUCAAUUUGACGUGGGUGAUGAUGGGUUGUGGACAGUUACGAAACACGAGAAAGUGCACAAUCACGAGUUAUGUGUGUUCAACAAGAGUCAUCUACUUCGUUCACAUAGGAGUGUCGGAGAUAAUCAGCUCUUAUAUUUACAAGGUUUGAAGGACAGUGGUGUUGCAUUGGCAGAUGGUAUUAGGUUCCUAAAACACCAAUCGGGGGGGUCCCCUUUAGUUGGUUUCACCAGUAGAGAUGCUUAUAAUUCAAUGGCUGCGGAUACUGUCAAGCGAUUAGAUGGAACGGAUUCUAACUCUUUAAUUGAAAUUUUUAGGAGGAGGCAGUCUACCGAGACUGAUUUUUUCUUUGAUUUUGAACUUGACUUGGAUGCAAGGUUGUGCAGUUUUUUUGGAGGGAUGGUCAAAUGA